GAAUAGAGCACAGUUUCUGCUAACCUUAAAACACCGUGGAUUUCUCAGAUUCUGGUUCUUCCUGCAAAAUUGGAGCAUAUUUUGCAGGAUGUCUGAACCAAAAAGCAUCCGCGGGGUUUCGCGGAUAGUGAAGAAGCUGGACAGCGCUCUGGAAGCGCAGAAUUUCUACGAGGCACACCAGAUUUUGCGAUCCAUCUUCUACAGAUACACUGCACAGAAGAACUAUGAGGAAUUGCUGGCGCUUCUCCACAAGGGUGUCCUGUACUUCAUCGACCACAGCCAGAAGACCAUCGUGGCAGAUCUGGCAUCGCUGAUUGUGGACGUGCUGGAGAAGACGACGCCUCGGGCGGAUCAAGAGGAGUGGAUCAAGAGACUGGGCGAGAUUCUGAAAGAAAUGGGCCCGAUUGUGGAGAGAGAGACGCUUCUGGCGAAGAUCAUCAAGUGGAGCAGCAUCGUGAACGGAGGAAGACUCGGUCAUCCGCUGGUGCACAAAAUCGUUGGCCAGAUAAUGUGGCAGGAGAACAAUGUGGAGCAGGCGAAGCACCACUUCCUCCUGUCCAAGGACGGCGAGGGAUUCGCCCAGAUGCUGAUCCAGAUGAGCAUCACAAAGGCCUACCAGGGUGAGAAGGACCUCAUCAUCGCGCAAGUCAUCCUGCAGCAGCUGUGCCUCAAGGAGACUUCCACGGCGCAGCAGACUUUCAGCGCCUACACGAAGCUCCAUCCGGACAUUCUGCUCGAGCAGCCAUACUUCUACCUGCCGCUGCUGAACUUCCUCACCUUCCUCCUCAAGCUGGUCAAGAGUGGCACUCUGGAGAGCUUCAAGGCCCUCUGCGACCUCUACAAGCCCUCCACUGACCGCGAUCCCUCAUAUGAGAAGUAUCUGCAGAAGAUUGGGACAAUCUACUUCGGCGCUCCGGCUCCGCAGCCGCGCUCGCAUCACGGCCUCUUCGGGGAUCUGUUCAACCAACUCUUCCAGGGCCUGGAAGACGAGCCCUCUUCCUCCGCCACGGUCUCUCUCAACGACCUGGACUAAUUGCACUCUUUCCAAAUUGUGGUUGCAGCAAUGAAAAUAAAACAUUUCCCAUCACA